CAAAAAGUCAACAUUGAAUAGACAGGAUUGGUAUUUACCGUAUUUACAUACAAGGAGAGCAGAUUUGCCGUUAUAACUACCGUUACUGGUUAUGGUUAUGAUAGCAAUGCAGUUCUUACGUAGCACCGUGUCAAGAUCUCCUAUCACAAGAUGUGAAACGGUCUCAAAAAUAAAUGGUCGACAGCUUUGGGGGUGGAUCAACAUGAUGUUUAAUCGCGUCGACAGCGCCCGUCUGAAACUUGUUGGGCCGGAUCGCCUCUGUGCGGAAUGGCUGCUAAGAAACGGUGCCAAAGCUAAAUUCGUUAACGUGCCACACAUCCAGAGCAACUAUAAUCUACUCCCGGCCGAGAAUGUGCCAAUACAGAUAGAGGAGUUGGAUGGAACCGAUUCCGGGAUUAUGCACAUUGGCUUUGACCACUUGAAAGGGCUAAAGUGUUUGAGGAAAGUGAAGCUGCACAAGUGCGUUUAUGUGGAAAAUCAGGCACUGGGGAAACUGAAAUAUGUUGUUGACACGUUGGAGGAGUUAGAGGUGUCAAGCUGCAGGAAUAUAACUGACCAUGGGCUGCAGCAUCUGAAGGAUUUGAAGAAUCUGAAGCAAUUGGUUACCUAUGAUUUGCCCUAUGUAAAGGAUAUCCAGACAGUAGAGAAGCAGCUUAAGCAAACUUUACCAAAUUGUAAUAUGGAUUUGAAGCCGUAAUGUGUUAUGAAAAUAUCUAAAGGUUAAGAACAUUUUAUUAGAUUUUUCUUGAAUAAAUUGUGUAAAAUAGUUAAUGAAGCUUAAUGCUCAAUGAAGGAAGUUA